UCGUCACGACGACCCGGGAGCGUCUGUCCUCGCCACCCAGCUCCCACCGUGGACACUGCGGACGCGGUGCUCUCCGCCUCAUGGGUGCCAAAGCAAAAAAGGCUGGCAAUAAGAAAAAGAAAGUCGGCAAGGCUGAGCGACUGAGGCAGCUGCAGGAGGAGGAGGAGAGACGUUUGAAAGAGGAGGAGGAAGCCCGUUUGAGACAUGAGAGAGAAGAACAAGAAAGACUUGAAGCACAGCGAAUUGAGAAGGAGAAAUGGCGUCGACUUGAGGAAAAAGAUCUACAAAGGAGAACAGAAGAACUUGAAGAACUCUCUUUAUUAGAGGAGUGUUUUCCUGAAGCAGAGAGAUUGAAACGAGAGACUAGACUGCUCUCUCGGUGGAAUCACUACAUCCAGUGUGACGGAAGUCCUGACCCUUCAGUGUCCCAGGAACUCAACACCUUCAUCAGCUUGUGGCAAGAGGAGACCAACGAGAACUUCGAGCAGGUGACCGAGAAGAGCAAGUUAGUACUGAGCUUAAUUGAGAAGUUGAAGUUGAUUUUAUUGGAGACUCCCCUGUACGAGUUGGAGGAGAAGACGGUGAACCAGUACCAGGGGUCCAUUCUACAGCUUCAGGAACUCCUGCAGCUCAAGUUCAACGUGGCCACGGAAAUACUGCUUCGUAAUGCUAGCACUUUAGCAGAUCUGGACAGUGGAAACAUGGAGAGGAUCAUUCGCGGUGAAAACAUCACCCUGUAUAUAUGGGCAAACCUGAAGAAGAAUCCAAGGUACAGGACUGUCAGAUUCUCUGAAACCAACGUUGGCUUUGAAAUCCCAAGGAUAUUGGCAGCAAGUGGCAUUGCUCUGCGCCUCCUCCACACGCACUAUGAUCACGUGACUCCGCUGCGUCCUCUGCCCAUGCCACCUGCAGCCGGAGACGGUGACCCGGAACGGAGCGCCGCCCCUGUUGCUGAGCCUGUCAAAGAGGAACUUAAGAAUGUGGAAGAAAUCAGCAGCCAAGAGGACCAGCAAGAGACUAAACAGCAAGAAAGUGAAAGUACUUUAGUGAACGAAGAAGAAAUAAGAGUUGAGGAACAAGGAGAGCCCAUUCCUGAAGUGCACGUGGUUUCCGUCAAGGAAGAACCUGAGGCUCCAAAAGGGGAACCGAAGAUAGAGUUACUAAGUAGGAGAAUUUCAGCAGUGCAGUUGCUGCUGAUCAAGAAUGCGCUGGACAAGCCUGAGCUCUUCGAAGACAAGGAGGUGGACUUGCUGCAGUUCACAACCCUGGGCGGCGUGUACAACUUGGAGAUCUUGGAGCUUCCUCCGCAGUGCAAACCAGUGAAGGGCUGGAUGAUCGUGGAGCUACUCAAAGAAGGACUACAGAAAUUCACCUAUCCUCCAGAGAUCGAGGAUGACAAUGAGAUGGAAAUUUCUUUUCCACCGAUAGAGGUCACAGUUGAAGUUCACAAAAACGUGGUUUUCUUUGAGGAUCCUGAGGUUGCAAGGUGGGAUGCUGAAGGUAAAUAUUGGACAACAGAUGGCAUCAGCAAUAUAUCGUACAAGCGGAAAGACAGACUUGUGACAUUCAGCCUGGACACUUUUGGCCCUGUUACCUUGAUCCAAGACACUCAUAUUAAUAUGCCGUACCAGUCCUGGGAGCUGAGACCACUUGAAUCAAACACAGUACUUCUCACCGUGACGACUGUGUUCACGGAGGUUCAAAUAAAAAUCAAGGAAAACCUCUGCAUGUUAGCAUCCAUCAAACUGAAAGACAGGAAGCAUCUCUCGGUUUUGGAAGGGAAAUGGAUGACUCCUAUUCCUUUCAUUAACGCUUUGAAAGAAGCUGGAGUGAAUAUCUUCCCUUCUGAAUACUCUCAUUUUUAUGUUGUCAUGAACAAUAAGGUUCCUGUAGUAGAAAUGAAAGCUUACCGACAGAUAGCCCUGCUGAGUCCUGCUUUUGCCUUUGGUUGGAGCAGGUGGAAUAUGCUGUGCAAUUCUACAAAGGUUGUAUUUAAGGUGAAAGAAUCCCUCACAGAGGCAGCUGCUCAGAGUCCCAAGUGGGACCUUCUGCUCUUCAGCGGGGAGAGAGCCCAGAGACUCAAGAUGGACGAAGACAGUGAGUCCUUCUCCGAAGCCCUCAAAGACGACACCGAGUUCCACUCCACUGUGUUUCACAUGGUUAAGGAUUUUGCUUCUAAAGAAGCAAUGGAGGUGGUUAGGGAUCCCCCAUGCCUGUUGGUUGAUGCCGUGUGUCACAUGCUGUUCUCAACUAGAGUGCUUAGCUACUCUUAAUUGCCACUUGCAACCUUGAUUCAAGAACCAAAUGUGGAAUGAAAAAAUCAGGUAUGUCUUCAAUAAAAUUAAUAGCAUGUUUC